UCCAGACAAAAUGUCGCAUCUGACGUUGGCCAAGCUCUCCGACAUUGCCGGCGCACAAGACUUGCGCUACGCGACUGCGCUGAACAUUGCGUCGAAGGGCAUCGCGAGCCUCGACGACCUGAGCAUCUGCGUUGAGCUGCGUCGCAUUGAUCUGUCGCACAAUGAGAUUGCCUCGGCCGACGCGAUCGACCACUGCAAGUCGCUGACCUGGCUCAACGCGGCGCACAACAAGCUGACCUCGCUCGCCGCCUUCCGCGCGCUCACCCAGCUCCAAGUGCUGAAUGUAAGCAACAACGAGCUUACGUCGAUGGACACCGUCCAGUUCCUCGUCAAGCUCAAGGCACUCGUGCUCAACAACAACCGCAUCUCACUCAUGGAGCAUUUGGAGCAGCUCGUCGAGUUGAAUACCAUCGUGCUGUCGCACAAUCGUCUUCGAAACAUUCGCGGCUUGGCCACGUUGACAAAGCUGACCAAACUGUCCAUCGCACACAACGAAAUUCGCACGAUUCCGGAUCUCCGCGCCAACCACGAGCUGGCCGAGUUGCGCCUGAACGACAACAAAAUCCAAGCCUUGCCCGAGACGCUUGAGCUGAACAUGAACAUCAAGAUUCUCGAUCUCGGCAACAACUUGAUCAAGACGUUCGAAGCAAUCGACGUUCUCGGCAAAAUGCCAUUCUUGGAACAAAUAAAUUUGCGCGGAAACGGCGUGAUUGAGCUGGAAGGCUAUGAAGCUCAUAUUCGCAAACUCGUGCCAAAGCUCAAGGUUUUGGAUGGUCGAAAGCUCGAAGAGGCAAGGGUUGCUGACGAAUCGCGAAAGAAGCUGGCGCGUGCUCGCGCAUUAGAGCAGCAGGCAAAGAAGGAGAAGCACAUUGCAGCUGCAGCUCGCCGCCGUGCCAAGGCUGCCGAGUCUGACGAAGAAGGUUCCGGCGAUGCCGCGCCCAUGCAAGUCGAUGAGGAUGCUGCUCCAGCAGCGCCCCGCGAACGCCGCGAACACCAGCGACCGCGCGAGCCCCGCGAAUCCCGUGGAUCACGUGAGCACUCUGAGCGACCGAGGCCAAGGCGCCCCGCAUCUGGAGACGCUUCAGAGGAGUCAGGUGCAGCGCCAGCACGAGUUUCAGCCAAGCGACGCGCUGAGGCCGACGAGCACGACUCGACAGAAGUUGCGAGCAGGCCUAGCAAGCCAUCCAACGGAAAGGGACAUAGCGAACACCGAAAGCCACCUCAAACGGGGGCAAAGGAAGAGGAACACUCGACCAAACGAGUUCGAAUUUCUGCCAGCGACGACGGCUCGCUUUCCACGACCAAGAGCACUCGUGCAACACCCGCUGCACCUAUUGUGGCUGCUGCUGCCGCUGCUGUUGCUCCAGAGCCCGCAGUCAAGCAUACCGUUGCCGCACAAUCCGGCGUUGUUGGAAUUAUUGAUCACUCUGCCAAAACCAAAGACAACCGCGCUCCUGCCGCGCGUCCCGCCAAAGGCAAGGCGGCUGAAAAAUCAUCGGCCUUUGACCCUGAUGCUCUGUCCGGCGAUGGUCUAUUUGGUUCCAGCAGUGCGCUUGGUGGCUGGAAUUAGAAAGUGUUGUUCUUCAAUACAUGCAGCUGGAACAGCGCUGUUACAAUGGA